AUGGAUAGCGAGAAUGGAAGGGCAAUUGAUUCUGCGAUUUUUGGUCGUCGUCAAUUGGUUCGAGUACUCGAGACAUCUUGUGCACUGUCAUUAGAAGGAGGAAGAGCCGACAUUCGAGUGAGAUUGUCAGCGCCGUGUGGGGAUUUCUCUUUGGAGCCACUUCUCUCAAACUUUCAUUCACCGCCGCUAGUCACCGUUUUGCCGCAUCCGAAUCCACUAAGAGCCGGUGUCAUUCCGCAAUUAGUGCAAUUGGAUGAGAGCUCGAUUCGUGUCGAUGUCAGAGUUGGAUCGAUUCAUUCAUGGAUUGCUGCUCGUCACGCUUACUCGACUCAUGGUCAUGCACUCGUUUAUUCAACUAGACGUCGAUCCUCGUGGGCGAGUGCCCGAGCAGCGGUGUGUCGCUUGUUGAAUGAUCUCGAAACACCACAACAAAUAAGACCAAUCCUCUUGAUCGCCGUUCAUGAAGGGCAAACGGAAAGCGGGGAAAUGGAAACCCAAAUCGAGAAUGAAAGCCGAGAGGUGGCUGAAAGUGUUGGCGCCAUUUUUGUCUCCACAAAACUCACCCAGAGCCCAAAUGAAAACUUGCUUCGUGCCUGGAUGUGCUUUGUUGGAAGAAUUCUUUCGUUACGACUCGAGAAUCCGAAUCGCUCGGUGGAUAGCAGAAAUGAUAGUGACGGUUAUGCGACGCUGAACGAGCCACGACGGGAAUCAGGCAGUGCAUCGAGUGAUACAAAUGUGACGAGAAGAGAGUCGACAGCUGGGAUGAAUGGAGAAUUUAAAGAAGAGACCAUUCAUGCAAAUUCGACUGAUGCAGAAAGGAGAAGAACGAUCGGAAUUGAACAAUCACAACAACAGCAAGUGAUCGCAAGACCAGCCACUGCAAUGGUUUGCUCGUCUUCAUCAGGAUCCGAAUCGGCUCAAUUUCUUUCUUCACCACAAAACAAUAAUCAACAACAUCACAAUCACCGACAUCCACCACCGCCACCAAGAAGAGAUCUCACGAGAGCACCAGUGCAAGUGUACGAAGGAACGUCAGAGCCAACGAUUCGCUCCCCACCCCAACCAGCUCCAUCACAACGGCGGCGAUUCGGUUUCGGUCUUGGUCGAGAUGGGGACAGUGCAGCGGUGAGAAGAAGAGCUCCACCAACGCCGCGUCUACUUUUCCCUGGCCCUUCACCCAUUCAUCUAGUUGAUACAGCUCCACUUGCCACACCCGAACUCAUCGAUAUCGCUCCAGAGUACUCGACUGUGCAGGAUGCUGAUGAGCACAUUUAUGCAACGCUGGAGGAUGUUGUUAGUGAGAAGCAGAAGGACAAAAAGAGCUAUAAAAGUCAAAAGAGAAGCAGCUCUCGCGGCUCAUCACAAAUGCCUCCAAUGGCUCCAUCACCAUCAUCAUCGCUUAAUUCCGAGCCGAAUAUCAGAAGCAAUCGAUCGUCGAAUCCCCCGAGCAUUCCGAGUAGUACGGGUGGCAUCUUCAUGCGAUCACCGGUCGUUCGUGUUCGUUCGACAGCUCCAUGUCUCUCUCCACUCCCUUCUUCCUCUGGUGUCUCUUCAACAACCACUUCUCCUUCAUCAACCUCAUCUUUCCGUCCUCGAUCUGGAAUCUUCUCUUCCUCUAACUCUCGCAAAGCUAAAUCCAAAGAACCAAUGGAGAAACCAGAGCACAAGAGCUCGAAAUUACUCGAGAAACGAUCCUCUCUUUUUUUCGGCUCUCGCUCGGUGACAAUGGAUGUAUUGGCCGGGAAUUCGAUGAGAGAAUUGCUGACAAAGAAGGGGAAACAACUUGUGCACGGAAUGAAAGAAUCGAUAUCAGCUGAAUCGCUUAUAAGGGAAGGGAAAAAGAAAAAGAAGAGAAAGGGGGAGGGAGAGAUACCCCCAGCACCACAAUCCGGAGGAUUGGUGAGAAAAGUGGCCUCUUCAUUUCGAUUGGGAAGAAAGGGACACACGACAAGUCUCGCUCCAUCACCUGCACCCUCACCACAACCAGAAAGGAAACAAGUGCUGAAGGCCUCUUAUGAAAAAGUGGCUACCACUUUCACGUGGCUUCCAUCAAGAUCGCCGAAGAGAAAUGGACGAGCCACAUCAGCCGAAAUAUCGACUGUCACCACAAACCGUCUUCUUGCUGACGAGUGCGCUCGUGGUGGUGGUUUACCUCUUUUCCUCGCUCGUUGUGUUCAAUUCAUUGAAGCCGAAGGCGGCCUGGAAACAGAAGGGAUCUAUCGAAUCCCCGGAAAUCAAUCUCAACUAGCAGAAGUUGAGAAACAAUUUGCGUCAAAUAGUGCUCCCGAUUUGUCCACAAUCGAGUUACCCCUUCACGUUGUGGCGACAGCGCUGAAAAAUUUCUUCUCUCAAUUGACUGAACCCGUUCUCCCGACGACUUUUCACGAUUCAAUCGCCGAUUCGGUCAUUGACGAAGAUAGGGAAAAGACUGUGACUGGUCUCUCCCAAGCUCUUUCAUCUCUUCCAACUCCAAAUCGAAUCACUCUCUCAUUUCUUCUCAAACAUCUCAGAAACGUGGCUGCUGCACCGGCGACAGCUAUGGAUGUCACAAAUCUAUCAAAGGUUUGGUGGCCAACUCUAUUCCGACCCGAGUUCUCGUCAUUUACCGCGAUGACCAAUGGCACGAAAAGACUACAAAAAGCGGCUGAGGCUCUUCUCGCGCAUUCUGAUGUGCUUUUUCCCGAGAAAAACUCUAUCAACAAUAAUAAUCUUACAAAAGUU